GUGAGCUGUGAUUGGUCACAGCUUGUCACAUGGUGCAAGGCUGUUGUGAAUAGCCUUGUACUAUGUGAUCUCUGUGAUCAUUCACAGAUUUCACAUGUAGUAAGCAAUGAUGUCAGAAGUGACAUCUUGCUUACUACUCUUCAUGUGAUCACUGAUUGGCCAAUCAGUGAUAACAUGAUCGGGACAUCACACAGAGGUCCCGUACAACGAUCAGUGUUCCACUCGCGCUCCCUGGGAGCGAGCACCGGCCGUUGUAUAUAAACGGCCAGACGGUGGCAGUGCAGGGUCGGGUGGCCGUUUAUAA